AUGGUGGAGGUAACCGUACUGGAUUAUGGCGCUGGGAACGUGCGAAGCCUUAAGAAUGCAAUACGUGCAGUAGGUCAUUCGGUAAAAGAUGUGACAUGUGCUGAAGAUAUUCGAUUUGCUCAAGUACUUAUAUUUCCCGGAGUAGGUAAUUAUCGUGCUGCAAUGCAAUUUCUCAAUACAAGCGGUUAUGUGGAUGAAUUACGUGCUUAUAUUGCAGCAAAUCGACGUUAUUUGGGUAUUUGUUUGGGUAUGCAAACAUUAUUUGAAGGAUCAGAAGAGUGUCCAGAAUUAAAGGGACUUGGUAUUAUUAAAGGGAAAAUAAUACGCUUUCCAACGGAUCAUGCAGUUGUGCCACAUAUUGGCUGGAAUGGUGUAACAGUUUGGAAGAAAUCGUUAUUAUUUUCUUCUCUUCCUGUCACAAUAGAGAAUGCAAAAGUGUAUUUUGUCCAUUCGUUUCGAGCUCUCAAGACCGAGAAGAAUGCAGAUUGGGUACUUACUACAACAAAUUAUGGAGAUUUAGACUUUGUAAGUGCUGCCCAAAAGGGAAAUGUCAUGGCGACACAAUUUCACCCUGAAAAAAGUGGAGCAGUAGGUCUUGCUAUUCUUAAAGGGUUUCUAGAGAAUAAAUACAUGCCAGAUCAUGAUGUGACUGUGCAGACGAUGGGACCACGGACGACGUUGUCGAAACGGAUCAUUGCGUGUCUUGAUGUACGGGCGAAUGACCAGGGACAUCUUGUGGUGACGAAAGGAGACCAGUACGACGUGCGAGAGAGCUCUAAAACUUCUAAAGGCGGCAACGUUCGCAAUAUGGGCAAACCUGUAGAUUUGUGCAAACGAUACUUUACAGAAGGAGCUGAUGAGGUGACGUUUCUCAACAUUACAAGCUUUCGUGAGCAGCCCAUGGGAGACCUACCAAUGGUUCAGGUACUGGAAGCGAGUUCUGAGUGCGUGUUCGUUCCGCUCACGAUCGGUGGCGGUAUCCGUGAGUACGUGGACGAUCAACAUAAGACUCACUCAGCACUGGAUGUAGCAGCGCUGUACUUCCGCUCGGGAGCUGACAAGGUUUCUAUCGGAAGCGACGCUGUGUACACGGCUGAGAAGUUUUACGCCAAUGGUGGCAAGGGCGACGGAUCUAGCUCCAUUGAGACCAUCUCCGCUGUGUAUGGCAAUCAGGCUGUUGUGGUGUCUAUGGACCCGAAACGAGUAUAUGUGGCGUCAUUUUACGAUGAAAAAGCCAAGGACCACGGUGUCGUGAAGCUGUCGCGACCUGGGCCUAAUGGCGAAGAGUACUGCUGGUACCAAAUGACGGUACGUGGCGGCCGUGAGGCUCGUGAUAUCGACGUGGUGCAGCUGGCUCAAGCUGUCGAGGCCCUUGGCGCCGGUGAGCUAUUGUUGAACUGCGUAGAUAUGGAUGGUCAGAAGGCCGGAUACGAUAUUGACCUGAUCUCACUCGUAAAAAAGUCCGUGCGUAUCCCCGUGAUUGCGUCCAGUGGUGCCGGCAAGCCAAAGGACUUUACGGAAGUGUUUGAAAAGACAGACUGUGAGGCUGCGCUUGCUGCUGGUAUCUUUCACCGCAAGGAGGUGGCUAUUCAGGACGUUAAAGAGCAAUUGCACAAAGACAGUAUCAGUGUGCGUUUGUAA